UGUAUAUUUUUUCAAGUCGAGUCUUCUUGUAGGGGACGCGCAUCAAUCUCGGUUGCUUCUGCUGCUGUUUCUUCCUUUUUAAGAAUGGGUGAUCUUUUGUUCAUUGACGACAUAAAGCCUGGAAUGAAAUCUUGGACAGCUAUAAUAACGGUCCAAGAAAAAUUGAAUGUUUGCUCUGCACCCUCCACUUCAACUAAAUGGCAAAAGUUCAUUUUUGUUGACUCAAAGGGAUCAAAAGUCCAGGGAGUACUUUUUGACUAUGCCAUACAAAAAAUGGGUCCUAAGCUGAAGCUCUACAAAAAAUAUCGCAUCUCAAAUGCUGAAGUCAGAUCUGCUGCUGAAAGGUUCCAGCUUGAUGGACUUAAGCUCCAGUGGAUUAUAAGCACCAAAACUAUUGUAGAGGAAAUUGAUGAGGCUGAUUCAAGUGUGUUGCCAUUCCACUUUGAUUUCACGGCUUAUAAAGACCUGCCUCCUUACGCAGACAUGAAAUACGAAAUUGUUGAUGUCAUUGGAAUAGUCAUCCAUGUCUCGUCGGUAAUUCCAGUCCAUAAAGAUUCACGUUCAUCCCUUGUGCAAAAAUUUUGGCUUGUGAAUGAAGAAAUGAAUCCUAUUCUGCUGUCUCUUUGGAAUGAGUUCACUAAAAAUGAAGGAAAAUCUAUCACUGAACUGAAAGACAAGUAUCCUGUUUUAAUAUGUCGCAGGCUCAAUGUUGUUAUGUACAAUGGAAUUGCUUUGUCAACCAGGAAUGACUCGGUUAUUCUUGUCAAUCCACCAGUCAGAGAAGUUAAUCAGCUAAAGCAUUGGGCUGCCAGAAAUGAAAAAAGCUUUGCGGGUCUUCUUGAGGAUAACAUGCAUGCUAAACAAAGUCCUCAGCUAUUUCACCAAUCACACCAGAAAAUUAUUUCUAUCAUUGAUGUUGUUCCGACACAAAAGGUUUCAUGGGUUAAGGCACAGGUUUCUUUCAAGCACAUCAUCCAAAAAUAUUAUUACAUGGGUUGCAUAAAAUGCCACCGCAUGACUGCUGCAAACUUUGGAACUACAUUUACUUGCAACCAUUGUAAUGAGAAACAACAGGCUUCUCCCAGGUACCGUUUUGAUGUAGACCUCACUGACCACACUGACACACUCACUGCUUCUGUGUUUGGUGACUUGGCUGAAUCUUUGCUCACAUUUACUGCACUUGAAGCAAUGAAUUACCACGAAGAGAAUACAGAAUUGCCGCUAGAAAAGGUUCAUCAAGAGCUACAAUCAAGGAUGUUCAUCAUACAAUUAAAGCCAGCAGCUACCAGGGAUGGAGGAGGUCAUCAGCGUUAUACUAUUGUCUACUUUUUUGAGGAUUCAAGCUCUGAGGAAUCUGCUAACAAGUCUGCGCAUCCUGAUGUCCACACUAUUUCUCUUGGAAUUGGCAAUACUGUCCCAACAAAUGCAGCUCCAGAAAACCAAGUUUCUUCAUCGAAGGUGCGAAUUCGUCUUGAUACAAAGUUCGAUCAAUCUGAAGAUGCAAAUGACAAUACAUCCAAAGAUGAGUAGGCACCCAUCAGCAAAAAGGCAAAGAAAAAUUGAAUGCCUUUUCAUUCCUUAGUUUUCUACCUAUGAAACCAAAUGUCUGUGCCUUUUGCAAAUGGUUAAAGCAUUCAUUUUGCUGCUGGUUUUAAAGCUCUAUCUCAAACUUAUGACCUACCUUUUGAAGCCUUAGCUUUAUCUGAACAAAAGGUCUGAGAAGUAUUGCUAUCCCUUAUUAGUCAGUACAUUAUCUGCUCGAUUCUAUAUAAAUUAAUUGGAUGACUUUUGUCCAUAACUUGACAGCUUUUAACAUCUAGAUGGCCAAUUCCAAAUAAUGCAAACACAACAACUAUAUUCAUUGCUGCACAAUUGCAUUUCAGCCAGUACUCCAUCCAACACCUACCUACAUUUCGGAAUUUCGCCCAAUAGCAACUCAGUUAUAUUAAAUGCCUCUCUCUCUCUCUCACACACACACCUGCUUGUUUAAAAAUACUACCCAGUUGCAUUGGCACUCAUACUUGUUCGUGCAUUGUGUAUAUUCUCCUUUCCUUCCAGGUGCUCCUCCCUUCUUUAAGCCUUUUUCUACACAACAAGCUUUUCAAGUGUGCAACUUCACCGCCAAUAUAAGAAAAGAAAAUUUUUUUGCCGCAACUCUUUGUACAACAGGAAACUUCUCCAAACCUUUCUAUGUACCAUUUCUUCCUAACCUUCCUGCAUAAUUACUUAGCAGUAAAAAUGAAUGGGCCAAAAAAUCCGUUUAAAAGAUGGGAGUUAGUUCGAGUUGCCGGCAAAGUAAAGUUUUAUCUUCGCAUAUUUGAUCAUAAAAAGAUCCAUGCAGCAACUAGUGUUAAAAAUCAGGAGGGAAAAAUAAUAUACUCUGUCAAAAAAAAUUUUAUAGAGGCUUUCCCCAUGGUAUUUAUGUACAUGGGUGAACCAUCAUUAUUUUCACUUGCGUCGGUUAAACAAUGGUUGCAGAAUAUCAUCCUUAUUUCUUCACAGGCAUUCCUAUCCCAAGGCAAGUAUCCUUUCCUGCUUACACCUCUGUUAUAAAAUACAUGAAAAUCUUAUUGUUUUCUUUUUCCAAUAGAACCUCCAAAGAUUACCUGAAUAUUAAAUGGACAGCCAUGGUGCUAUGUACUUUUUUGCACAGAUAUGGAGAAACAGAAAAUUCCAGUAGAAAUGUUUCGAUAUAAUAACUUUGCAGAGGGGCAGACCAUUACAGUUAAACACGGCCUUGCUGAGUGGAGUCUACAAAUCACAGAUCAUUGUUUUGGAGGCGAAUGGAAAUUUUUUUGCAAGCACAACUAUAUUGACAUAAAUGACAUGCUUUUCUUACGAAAAAGAGUUAACUUCAUAUACGAUGCACUGCCUUUCUCAACCAAUCAUCUACAAAUUUGGACACGCUGGACCCUACCCUUAUCAAUGAUCUCUUAUGAAUUCUCCGUCUCACAAGGAAGCUACAAUUCUACUGCUCUUUUACAUUAUUUCUAAGUUAUAUAUACACUCACACAUCCAUUCCUUUCAUUUCAGAAAAUAUCAAAAACGAGCCGAGUGCAACUUUGGUCACCUCAUCAAUCAAUCGAUUUUUUUCUCAUGAUCUUAUGGCAUUAGAUUCUUUUUACCAAGUUUUUUCUUCCGCUGCUAAGCACGCAAUGGAAGUUCCCAAGCAUGCCCAUCCGAGAUUACAUGAAUCAAGAACCCCAACUAUUGUCCUCACAAGCGGAACUAAAAACUAUAUCAUUGGAAUGGCCGACAACAGAUUUCACCAAAACUGGAACACAUUUGUUAACGAUCAUGGUCUUCAACAAAGAGAAAUAAUUGUAUUCAUACCACAGUCCCGUACAUCCCUUGCUGUUUUAG